CAUCAUCAAUAUCCACCAUGGACCCAUCAAAAUAUCACAUGCUCAACAAUAACCAGUACAGCCUCCGACCCCCUCCUCACCGGCGUAAUGUUCCUAGGUACCAUUCCCAUCAAUCUUCUGGUGGGAAUUGUUGCCUGAGAUGUAUAUGCUGUUUCUGUUGCACCUUUAUCGUCUUGAUAAUUGUUCUUGCUGGCCUAGGUUUUCUUCUCUACGCGAUUUUGCAGCCCCAGCAGCCUGCCUACAGCGUCAGUAAUUUCGGGGUACAGGCAUUUGAUUUGCAGCCUGAUUUUAGCGUCUAUACAGAGUUCGCGGUGGCUGUCAAAGCUGAAAACCCUAAUGAACAUAUAGGAUUUAUUUAUGGCAAAGACAGCUCGGUGGCUGUAUCGUAUCAAGGUUCAAAACUCUGUUCUGGCAAGAUUCCGAAUAUUCGUCAACCCGGAAGGAACACGAGUAUGUUGAACAUUGUUUUGAAAGGAAAGAGUGAAUUCGGAAAUGGCCUUCAAGAAGCUCUCAUGGAUAACCGAAAAUCGGGAAAGAUCCCUUUGCUUGUGCAGGUUAAAGCACCUGUUACUGUCGUCCUUGGGGAGUUUCCGCUGAGGGAAGUAGUGGCUCUUGUGAAUAACUCUUUGGUCGUCGAUAACUUGUCACCACACAAGAAAGUAAAGAUUUUGUCGAGCCAAAUAACCUACGGGUUUGAACUUUGAGGCUGAAGUAUUAGCAACAUUUGUUUCUGUAUCUUCGUUAUCAAUAGAGUUCUCUCUUGUAGGGAGAAGAGAAGCAGAAUGGGCUAUAGCAUGCAUCAUUUGCUUCUCUUUUCAGACAUCAUAUGAGCACAGUUUUCAAUUUCAGAUGUCACAUGAGCAGAGUUUUCUAUGUAUGCAUACAAUAUCUUCGAUUGUUUAUCAAGGAUGGGUAGCUACAAAGAUUUACACAGGUCGUAGUUAGUAUGAUAUAGGAUUUUGAAAUCAAUGUUUCUUGAAGGUUGUAGUUAGUAUGAUAUAGGAUUUUUGUAAUCAAUGUUUCUUGAAAAGCAAUAUCCGGUUCUUGUUGCUCAAGUUAUACCAACGAAUCAAAGAUAACUAAAAAAUUGGUACCUAAUGAUAUAGAUACUUCAAUCUUAGAAAGGCGAA